CCAACACUAAUUCGAUACGGUGUUGCUGAUAACAAACAAACAUUUGGUGAAUAAUACAACUGCCCAUUGCAUCGAUAUUGUGUGUUGCCGUUAUCAACAGUUGCAUUCUGUGAUAAGAGACACCCCUCCGCGCCUCCCGCAAAUUCGCAAUGCGUCUGAUUAUUCUCGAUACGGCCGAGUACGUCGGCGAAUGGUCGGCCAAGUACGUGAUGAAGCGUAUCAACGAUUUCAAGCCGGGCCCGGACCGCUUCUUCACGCUCGGCCUACCGACCGGUUCGACGCCCCUCGGCAUGUACCGGCACCUGAUCAAGUUCCACCAGCAGGGUCGCAUUUCGUUCAAGUACGUCAAGACGUUCAACAUGGACGAGUACGUCGAUCUGCCGCGGGAGCACCCGGAGAGCUACCACUACUUCAUGUGGCACAACUUCUUCAAGCACAUCGACAUCGACCCGGAGAACGUGCACAUCCUCGACGGGAACGCGCCCGAUCUGGUGGCGGAGUGUGAUGCGUUCGAGGCAAAGAUUAAGGCGGCCGGUGGCAUUGAGCUGUUCAUUGGCGGCAUUGGGCCGGACGGACAUAUCGCGUUCAACGAGCCCGGCUCGUCGCUGGCGUCCCGGACGCGUGUCAAAACGCUUGCCCAGGAUACGCUCGAGGCCAAUGCACGCUUUUUCGGCAACGACAUCAGCAAGGUGCCGAAGCAGGCGUUGACGGUUGGCGUGGCGACGGUGAUGGAUGCGCGGGAAGUUAUGAUCAUGAUCAUCGGUACGCACAAGGCGUUUGCGCUGUAUAAGGCCAUCGAGGAAGGCGUCAAUCACAUGUGGACGGUCAGUGCCUUUCAGCAGCAUCCACACACGAUCAUGAUCUGCGAUGAGGACGCUACACUCGAGCUGCGCGUGAAAACCGUUAAAUAUUUCAAGGCUCUGAGCAAUGUGCACCACAAGCUGAUCGAAGAGGAAUCGGCCGACGUACGGAAGCUUAAGUGAUGGCAAUUCCCUCAUCGCGAUUGACCCAAGCGAAAACAAAAAAUAAAAACGCAUAACGCACUGUCACACAAACUGCAGAGGAAAAGAAGGAUAACGAAACUAUUUCUUAUAUCACCGGAUACCAGGAAAGAGCAGCAUCACUCAUCGAUAACACAUUCCCGACCGAUGUGAAAAAUAAUUCAUUUUUAUAAUUCAAAGGUACUUCCCGCUAAGCGACACAUUAUUAGAGCUUCAUUCGUGAUCUUACAAUUUUAAUACGCCCAGAAACUAUCACUCCGUUUCAAACAUCGAUAAGGAUGCAGCUCAGUUUUUGGGCGUUUAAUAUAAAAUUGGAAAGCUUAUAAAAAUUCCAUUGAAAUGCAAUACAAAGGAAUGCAGCGGAAAUACUCGGAAGAUGAUUUUAAAGGAUGAUUCUCUCCCCCAUUUCGUCAUUCAUCGGAUGGUGGUUAUGGCUUCAUCAUUCAUUUAAUGUUACAGACGUUUUACUUUCUGUGCGAUUCUUUAUCUGUGCUAACCGGAUUUGGAAUGGAAUUUCUGUACGGUUCCGGUUGCAGUGAGAUCGUUAUACCGGUUUGUGAUAGCUUUUCCAAUCCAUACCCGCCGACGGGUCUCAAAUAAAAACGAAACGAAUUAAUCCCGUUCGUACUCGUCGCGCGCUGUG